AAAGUUGAUGUUAGCUACAUGGACCCUGUGGUCACAGGCAGAGGCGUCUUCAGUGUUAUGAAUGACUUUGUGCGUGGAGUGGGGGGCUACAUCCAGGGUGUGCUCUGUGCCAUUUUGGACACAAUUGUGGAUGUAGUGAAAGGAACCGUUGAUAUUAGCUUCAUGGACCCUGUGGUAGUUGGCAGAAAUGUCUUCAGUGCUACCUAACGACACCGUGACUGGAAUAGUGGGCUACAUCCAAGGCGCAGUCUGUGCCAUCGUAGACAGUGUACUGGAUAUAACAAAAGGAACCACUGACAUUAGCUUCAUUGACCCUGUGGUUGUUGGCAGAAAUGUCUUCAUUGCUACUAACGACUUUCUGAGUGAAAUAUCAGGAUACAUCCAGGAUGUGCUCAGUGCCAUCUUUGAUGUUAUACAGGACACGGUGCAAGAUAUCCAGCGUGCUAUGGGAUUCAGCCCCAUGUCAGCUCUGAAGAGAACAGCAGAAAUCGCCAAAGAAGAGAUGAACAUGCUCGUGAACUACGUCUCCUCAAUGCUGAUUGGUGAACAAGGGAUCAUUCCUGAAGUGUCCGUUGACCCCAUGAAAGUUGUUGAAGAUGCCCUGUUGGAGUUCUCAGACAAGAAAGAUUUGUUUGUGGCUUACAUGUCGAGCAUGCUUGUUGCUGAUCAAGGUGAACCUGCUGCCACACCGGUUGUAAAAGUCAUAACUGAAAAAGAUGAAACUGUUACUACCUCAUCUGAUAUAAAUCUGAUACGAAGGAAAGGUGAAUUUCUGCCACCUUUUGAAAAAGUUACAGAGAUCAUGAACGCUGCCAAAGAGGAAGCUGCUGCUGCUGCUGCUGCUGCUGCUGCUGCUGCUGCUGCUGCUGCUGCUGCAGAGUUAAGUGUUGCCCCAGACUCAAAGAUUGAGGAGGAGGAGGCUGAAGUUCCCACUGAAGCCGAUGUGAAGGAUGCAGAGGAAGAUGAUGUGAAACAUGUCAACCUUGAAGACACUGAACAUGAACAAAUACAGGAAGAUGAGGGACACAAGGUUGAUACUGAAGAAGAAGAAGAAGAGGAGGAAGAGGAGAUUAAAGCAGAGGAGGAUGCAGCACACGAGGAGGAAGAGAAAGAAGAUGAGGAAGGUGUUGGUACAGAAGAGGCGGAGGAAACAAAAACAGAGGAUGGUGCAGAAGAAGAAGAAGAAGAGGGACAUAUUACAACAGAGAUUGAAGAAGAAGAUGAUGAGCCAAAAACUGAAGAAGAGGUGGUAGAAGCUGAGAAGAACGAAGAGGAGACCAAAGUUGAAGACGUUUUUGUUGAAAGGGAGAAAGAGGAGGAAACAAAAACAGAAGAAGAUGCAGUAAAAGAAGAGAAGGAGGAAAAGGAGAUCAAAAUGGAAGAUUUGAUAGAGGAGGAGGAAGAGGAGGAGGAGGAGGCCAACUCUGAAGACGUUUUGGUAGAAGAGGGGGAGGAGGAGGAGGAUGAGGAGACAAAAAUUGAAGAAGAUUUGGUAGAGGAGGAGGAGGAGGAGGAGGCCAACACUGAAGAAGUUUUGGUAGAAGAGGGGGAGGAGGAGGAAACUAAAACAGAAGAAGAUGCAGUAAAAAAAGAGGAGGAGACCAAAUCGGAAGAUUUUGUACAAGAUGAGAAGGAGGAUGAGGAGACAAAAAUCGAAGAAGUUUUGGUAGAAGAUGGGGUGGAAGCAGAGGAGACAAAAACUGAAGAAAAUGCAGUUGAAGAAGAGGAGGAGGAGGACACAAAAACUGAAGAUGCUGUAGGAAAGGAAGAGGAGGCGGAGGAAAUCAACACUGAAGAAGUUUUGGUAGAAGAGGGGGAGGAGGAGGAAACUAAAACAGAAGAAGAUGCAGUAAAAAAAGAGGAGGAGACCAAAUCGGAAGAUUUUGUACAAGAUGAGAAGGAGGAUGAGGAGACAAAAAUCGAAGAAGUUUUGGUAGAAGAUGGGGUGGAAGCAGAGGAGACAAAAACUGAAGAAAAUGCAGUUGAAGAAGAGGAGGAGGAGGACACAAAAACUGAAAAUGCUGUAGGAAAGGAAGAGGAGGCGGAGGAAAUCAACACUGAAGAAGCUGCAGUAGUAGAUGAGGAGGAGGAGGAGGAGGAGGAGGAGGAGGAGGAGGAGACAUCAACAACACUUGUGGUAGAAGAUGAGGAUGAGGAGAAGACCAACACUGAAGAAGAUUUGGUGGAAACUAAAGAGGAGGAAAAAGAGGUGACAAAAACUGUCGAAAUUCAGGUAGAAGAUGAGGAGGAGGAGGAGGAGACAAACACAGAAGAAGAGGGUGAUGAGGAAGAGGUUAAAGAUGAGGAUCUUCAUGUUGAUGAAGAAAGAGACGAAGAAAACAUUGAAAUAACUGACACUGAUGUCAAAUAUAAGUUUAUAAAAACUGACCAGGACGAUCAAGCUCUAGAUCUGGACGACGAUUUAGAAGAAGAGGAGGAAGGAAAAAAACUGGACCAAGUGAAGAUGAUGGAGGUCGAACAUGAAGAAGAAGAAGAAGAAGAAAAAGCGUCUAUCCAACAACUUGAUCUCAAAAUGCUGUCGUCUGAAAAACUUGAUAAUACCAGUGCGGUACCUGAAUCUGAUGAUGAGGAAGAAGAAGAAACGUCUGUUCUAGACCAAGACGAAUACUCCGACAUCCUCGACGAUCAUGAUGAAAACAACAACAACAGUGAAAGUGGGAAAACUGAACUCAAACGAAAGAGGAAGGUUCAUAUUCCCUUUGAGAGGCUCAGAAGAGUCGGCUCCAGAGUUGCUCACAAAGAAGAGCACCUUCACAAACAUGAGAAAGUUCUCAAAGAGGCAAAGGAAAGACAUGCAAUAAAAGACGUUAAAGAUGCCAUUAUUAAAGAUUUUAGAGCCGCAGAAACUGAAAAGGAGGAAAGAAAAAAGAAGGUAGACAAACUUGAGGAAGCCAUCGAGAUAAAACUAAAGAAGAAAAAGAAGAGUCUAAAAGGGAGGAAAGAACCCAAGAAACGGUCCAAAGAGGAGGCAGAAGUCAAGAAACCAUCUAAAGACAAGAAAGAAGUCAAGAAAUCUCUCAAAGAAGUCAAGAAACCCCUCAAAGAAGAGAAAGAAGUCAAGAAACCUCUCAAAGAAGAGAAAGAAGUCAAGAAAUCAUCUGAAGAAGACACAGAAGUCAAGAAACUUCUUAAAGAAAAGAUGGAAGUCAAGAAACUUCUCAAAGAAGACAAAGAAGUCAAGAUAUCAUCUAAAGAUGAGAAAGAAGUCAAGAAACCACUUAAAGAAAAGAUAGAAAUCAAGAAACCACUUAAAGAAAAGAUAGAAAUCAAGAAACCCCUCAAGGAAGACAAAGAAGUCAAGAAAUCUCUCAAAGAAGAGAAAGGAGUCAAGAAAUCAUCUAAAGACGAGAAAGAGGUCAAGAAACUUCUCAAAGAAGACAAGGAAGUCAAGAAACCAUCUAAAGACGAGAAAGAGGUAAAGAAACAUCUCAAAGAAGACACAGAAGUCAAGAAAUCUCUCAAAGAAGUCAAGAAACCCCACAAAGAAGAGAAAGAAGUCAAGAAACCUCUCAAAGAAGAGAAAGAAGUCAAGAAACCUCUCAAAGAAGAGAAAGAAGUCAAGAAAUCAUCUGAAGAAGACAAAGAAGUCAAGAAACCUCUUAAAGAAAAGAUAGAAGUCAAGAAACUUCUCAAAGAAGACAAAGAAGUCAAGAAACCCCUCAAAGAUGAGAAAGAAGUCAAGAAACCACUUAAAGAAAAGAUAGAAAUCAAGAAACCCCUCAAAGAAGACAAAAAAGUCAAGAAACCUCUCAAAGAAGAGAAAGAAGUCAAGAAACUUCUGAAAGAAGACAAAGAAGUCAAGAAAUCAUCUAAAGACGAGAAAGAAGUCAAGAAACUCCUCAAAGAAGAGAAAGACGUCAAGAAACCUCUCAAAAGACAAGAUGUCAAGAAACUUCUCAAAGAAGACAAAGAAGUCAAGAAAUCAUCUAAAGACGAGAAAGAGGUCAAGAAACCACUUAAAGAAAAGAUAGAAGUCAAGAAACUCCUCAAAGAAGUCAAGAAAUCAUCUAAAGAUGAGAAAGAGGUCAAGAAUCUUCUCAAAGAAGACACGGAAGUCAAGAAACCAUCUAAAGACGAGAAAGAGGUCAAGAAACCUCUCAAAGAAGAGAAAGAAGUCAAGAAAUCAUCUAAAGAUGAGAAAGAGGUCAAGAAUCUUCUCAAAGAAGAGAAAGAAGUCAAGAAAUCAUCCAAAGACAAGAAAGAGGUGAAGAAACAUCUCAAAGAAGACAAAGAAGUCAAGAAACCUCUCAAAGUAGAGAAAGAGGUCAGGAAACCUGUCAAAGAAGACAAAGAAGUCAAGAAACCUCUCAAAGAAGAGAAAGAAGUCAAAAAAACUCUCAAUGAAGAGAAAGAAAUCAAGAAACUUUUCAAAGACGAGAAAGAAGGCAAGAAACCCCUCAAAGAAGAGAAAGAAGUCAAGAAACCUCUCAAAGAAGAGAAAGAGGUCAAGAAACAUCUUAAAGAAGAUAAAGAAGUUAAGAAACUUUUUAAAGAAAAGAUAGAAGUCAAGAAACCCCUCAAAGAAGAGAAAGAAGUCAAGAAACCUCUUAAAGAGAUGAAACCGGCCAAAAAAGAUACAGGAGAGAGAGACCCUUCAAAAGACGAGAAAGACGAGAAGAAACCACUUGGGGAAGAAAGAGAAGACAAUAAACAUCAUAAAGAAGAGAAAGUAAUGAAAACAACUCUUAAAGAAGAGAAGAAACAAGAAAGGAAGUCUCUGGAAGAGAAAAAAGCACCCACAGAAGGGGUAGACUUGAAACCAUCUAAGGAAGAGAAACAAAUGAAAAAGCCUCAAGAGGAGAAAGUAGAAAAAGAGAUGAAGCCUAAAGAACUGAAGGAAGUAAGUAACUAUUCUAAGGAAAGGAAAGAAGAGAGGAAACCCUCUAGGGAGGAAAAGGAAAAAAGGGAGCCACCAAAGGCAGAGAAAGAAAUUAGGAAACCCUUAGAAGAAAAGAAAGAAGUAAAGCCUCCAACAAAAGAAAUUGAAGACAAGAAGCCUUCUGAGGAAGAGAAGGAAGUGAAAACGCCUCCUGUGAAGGAAAAAGAAGUUACGAAGCCUUCUAAAGAAGGGACAGAAAUGAAGAAGUCUGCUGUCGAGAUUUUUUUCUUUACGAAGACUAUAAAGGAAGGAAAAGAGCUGAAGAAACCGUCUGUGGAGGAAACAACUAACAAAAAGGAGAAAGAACUGUCUAAAGAAGAGAAAGAAUCAAUAAAGCCCAAAGAAGUAAAAGAGGUCAAAAAGCAUCUCAAAGAAGAGAAGGAUGAACUACUGCCUCCAAAAGAAGAAAGAGAACAAAGGAAGCCUUCAAAAGGAGAGAGAGAACCAGAAAAAACAUCUAAAGAGGUCAAAGAAGUUAAAAAUCUUAAGUUAAAAAAAAAGGAAAAGCCAGCAAGUCCUUCCAAAGAAAGAUCAGUACCAAAGAAGCCCUCUGAAGAAAAACAAGAACCAGAGAAACCUUUUAAAGACGAAAAAGAACCAACAACACUGUCUAGAAAGGAAGAAAAAGAAUCAAAGAAGCUCUUUAGAGAACAAGACCAAGAGAAACCUUCCAAAGAAAAGAAAGAGAUCAAGAUUAUUCUCAAAGAAGAAAAGGAACCAAAGAAGAUCUCUAAGGAAGACACGGAACAAACAAAGCCCUCUAAAGAGAAAGAAAUAAAGAGGGCUCAUAAAGACAAAGAACCUGUCAAGAAGAGAGAUACUAAGACAGACUCUGGACCCAAAAAGGCUGUAAGGAGGAUUAAAGUAGUCAAGAUGGAGGUUGCUUCUGUCCUGAAGAAGGAACAUCUUAAUGUUACAAAAGCAGCUGAUGAACCUAAGAAGGCCGUAAAGAGGCUGACAGCUGCGAAAAAGAUAGUUCCUGUCCUGAAAAAGGAAAACAUGAACAUUACAAAAACAGAGCUUCCUGAGGUUCCUAAGGUGAAAGCCAAACCAGAACCUGCAAAGAAAUUGGCAGCUCCAAAGGAGUCCAAGAAGGAACCAAAGGAAAAACUCAAAUCUGUACCUGUUAAACCAGAGCUUCCUGAGGUUCUUAAGGUGAAAGCCAAACCAGAACCUGCAAAGAAAGUUGCAGCUCCAAAGGAGACCAAGAAGGAACCAAAGGAAAAAAUCAAAUCUGUACCUGUUAAACCAGACUCUGGACCCAAAAAGGCUGUAAGGAGGAUUAAAGUAGUCAAGAUGGAGGUUGCUUCUGUCCUGAAGAAGGAACAUCUUAAUGUUACUAAAGCAGAGCUUCCUGAGGUUCUUAAGGUGAAAGCCAAACCAGAACCUGCAAAGAAAGUUGCAGCUCAUAAUGAGACCAAGAAGGAACCAAAGGAAAAAAUCCAACCUACACCUGUUAAACCAGUUGAUGAACCCAAGAAAGCAGAAAAGGUGCUGAAAGCUGAGAAAAAGCAGAUAGUUCCUGCCCUGAAAAAGGAGCAUGUGAAUAUUAUAAAAACAGAGCUUCCUGAGGUUCUUAAGGUGAAAGCCAAACCAGAACCUGCAAAGAAAGUUGCAGCUCCAAAGGAGACCAAGAAGGAACCAAAGGAAAACAUAAAAACUACACCUGUUAAACCAGAGCUUCCUGAGGUUCUUAAGGUGAAAGCCAAACCAGAACCUGCAAAGAAAGUUGCAGCUCCAAAGGAGACCAAGAAGGAACCAAAGGAAACACUCAAAUCUGUACCUGUUAAACCAGAGCUUCCUGAGGUUCUUAAGGUGAAAGCCAAACCAGAACCUGCAAAGAAAGUUGCAGCUCCAAAGGAGACCAAGAAGGAACCAAAGGAAAAACUCAAAACUACACCUGUUAAACCAGUUGCAGCUCCAAAGGAGACCAAGAAGGAACCAAAGGAAAAACUCAAAACUACACCUGUUAAACCAGAGCUUCCUGAGGUUCUUAAGGUGAAAGCCAAACCAGAACCUGCAAAGAAAGUUGCAGCUCCAAAGGAGACCAAGAAGGAACCAAAGGAAAAACUCAAAUCUGUACCUGUUAAACCAGACUCUGGACCCAAAAAGGCUGUAAGGAGGAUUAAAGUAGUCAAGAUGGAGGUUGCUUCUGUCCUGAAGAAGGAACAUCUUAAUGUUACUAAAGCAGAGCUUCCUGAGGUUCUUAAGGUGAAAGCCAAACCAGAACCUGCAAAGAAAGUUGCAGCUCCAAAGGAGACCAAGAAGGAACCAAAGGAAAAACUCAAAUCUGUACCUGUUAAACCAGAGCUUCCUGAGGUUCUUAAGGUGAAAGCCAAACCAGAACCUGCAAAGAAAGUUGCAGCUCCAAAGGAGACCAAGAAGGAACCAAAGGAAAAACUCAAAUCUGUACCUGUUAAACCAGACUCUGGACCCAAAAAGGCUGUAAGGAGGAUUAAAGUAGUCAAGAUGGAGGUUGCUUCUGUCCUGAAGAAGGAACAUCUUAAUGUUACUAAAGCAGAGCUUCCUCAGGUUCUUAAGGUGAAAGCCAAACCAGAACCUGCAAAGAAAGUUGCAGCUCCAAAGGAGACCAAGAAGGAACCAAAGGAAAAAAUCCAACCUACACCUGUUAAACCAGAGCUUCCUGAGGUUCUUAAGGUGAAAGCCAAACCAGAACCUGCAAAGAAAGUUGCAGCUCCAAAGGAGACCAAGAAGGAACCAAAGGAAAAACUCAAAUCUGUACCUGUUAAACCAGGUAAUGCUACAGAAGUCCCAAAGGAAAAGGCCAAAGCAGCUGCCACUAAGAAAGAACACGAGGACGCUCCCAGAAAUGCCUCUCUGGUGAAACAGAGAGUCAAAAUAGUGCCGAUGAAAAAAGAAGUCAAGGCGCCCAAGGAGAAAGUCAAAGCAGUCUCUGCCAGGACAGCAGCCGAGGUUUCAAAACAGAAGCCCAAACCAGUUGUAUCAAAAAGAGAACCUGCUCCACUCAAGACAAAACCAGCCCCAGUACUCAAAGAAGUACCGCACAAAAAUGUCUCGGUAACAAGAGAGAAGGUGAAGGUUGUGCCACUGAAGAAAGUGCCUGUAACUCCAAAAGAGAAAGUCAAAUCAGCACCAACAAAAAAAGAAGCUGAGGUUCUCAAGGAGAAGAAGGUCAAGCCAGUGACUUCCAAGAAAGCACCUGUUCUCAAAGCAAAAACUAGAUCUGCUGAAAAGAAGAAAGAACCUGAGGUCAAGCCUGUUCUUGCCAAAAAAGCACUUGAGGGUACAAAGGAGAAGACUAAGGCAGCUCAUGAAAAGAAAGCUCCUUCUAAAACAGAGGCUGAAACAAAGAAGGUCAAAUCUCUCCUAAAGACGAAAGAGCCCAAAGUGCCAGAGGACAAAGUCCAACCAGCUGCUAAAAAAGCAUUGUUGAGGAAAAAGGCCAAACCAGUCCACGUAAAGAAAGAAGUGGAGACUCCUAAAGAAAAGGACAAACUUGCUGCAGUGAAGAAAGCCAUUUCUAGGGAAAAGACCAAACCAGUCCGUGUGAAGAAAGAGCCUGUGGUUUUAAAAGAAAAGGUCAAACACACUACAACGAAGAAAGAGGACAGAGUUCGUAAAGAGCCUGUGAAGAAAGAAAAACCAGUUGAGAAGAAGGCAGCCAAAGAAGAGAAAGCUAAAGAGGACAGAGUUCUUAAAGAGAUACAGGACCCGGCAAACAAAGAAAGAGCUGCUGAGAAGAAAGUUGCCAAGGAGCAGAAAAUAAAAGCGGAGCCUUCUGUAUCAGACAGCUUUCAAAUGGAAGAAGAGCUGCCCUACUUCCAGUGUUUCUUUGUGGACGAAGAAGAAGCCCAGUUUCCUUUCUACGCCUUCUCACCGAUGCAGAUUUGAAGCUUCAGUCUGAAUCCAGUCUGAGGUUUACAAUUUAGUCAAUUUUACUGAUAAUGACGAGGUCACGUCACGCCCCGCGCUGCUGAGACGCAGACUGCUGUUCACUGAUGGUCUUCAGGAGAAAACCCUGAAACAGCCGAGGAUGAUGGACCGAUUUUAUUUUACUUCCAGAUUUGGUUGAGCUCUCUUUCCAAAUACAUGCAGCCAGUGUCAUUCCUUUCCAUUUUUUUUUUUUAUUGAUUUAUUGAUUUAUUUUCUGUGUACAAAUGUUUUGAAAGGUGGAUAUCAUGAGAAUAAUGGAACAAUAUAGAAUAUUACCUCUGUGGAUCACUCAUUUAGAUCCUCUCAGCAACACAUGCACUUAAAUAAAAUGGUGCAUUUAUUUUAAAGAAGGAACAUAGUGCUGUAAACAGGGUACACAAAUGGCCACAAUUGUGGAUUCAAGGCGGGCAGGGGUUCAAAUCCCACAUUUACUUGAAAAGUGGUUUGUACAGUAAUCGUACAUUUUAUGCAACGUCAUCUGUGUAAUUCUAGAUUUUCCCUUCACUGCAUUGUAGAUGGCAAAUCUUUUCAUUUCCAUCUUAUCCUGAUUUUAAAGCUCUGGAAUCUACAAUUGGGCAUUUUAUAGUGUUUGUGCAUAAUUCCAUAAUCCUUGAUAUUCAUUGAUUAAUUUUUCACUUAUUCCUUUAACUAAUGAAAGGAAUGGGUUUUUUAAUGUCUGUUAUGUGUCAAAAGGAAUGACCACGCACUGUAUAUGAGAGCUCCCAAAUGUACAGAUGAAACACUACCUUUGAAGUCUUAUUAAACUGUGGACGUGUGCACACGGCUCCUCACACAAGCGCUACAUUGCCUGCACUGUCAGAAUGAGGUUUGAGUUCACAUUUAAGUAUCAGAUUCAUUCUAUGAUUGGAUGACGUGUUGGAAACUUUUUUUUUUUUUUACCAGCUGCUCACUGAUCCAAUACUUUUACUUAAGGCAUUUGAAUUUGAUACUUAUUUUAAGUCAAUGAGAGGGCGAGUAUAAGUCUCUUCUUUUGUCAGUCAAAAGGGAUGCUGGCUAACCGCGAUUCCUUGAUAGACCAAAACACACGGCCACGAACUUUGGUUCUGUGGCUGUUCGACCGUGCGCACAACAUGGAAACAUGAUGUGUUUGAACAAACCUUUUGAACAGGUUCUUAUAAAUCGGACAGAAAACAUUACGCUAGAAAGAAAUGUUUAAAGUCUUUGAAAAUAAUAUGAUAUUAAUGUGUAUCUGUGUUAAACCACAUGGUCACAGGAUUCAUAUUACACUUUAUGAAUGUCCUCUGCAAGUGAUAAGUGGUGAGAUUUCAGAUUGAUUUCGAGUCACGUAUUCGAAAUCGAUAGAAGAUGACGAGAGAGCCGCAUGAAUCAGCUCUUCUACAGGUAACUUUGACAACCUGAACGUGGUUGUUAACGUGGUCUUUGAUUAUAUCCUACACUGUAGAUGUGAUGCAGAUGGCGUCACAUGUUUGGGCAAAUGAUCUCAGAUGUAAACUGGUACAUUAUUUCUCAGCUUGAAGCAGCUGUUGUUUACAAUGGGGCUCUUUACAUUACGCUCCAUAUGCCGCGAAGAAGACAGUUAUCACAGCUUGUGGCACUAAUCACAAGUUUAAUCAAAAGUAAAUCCACUUGUCUUUUUUUGUAUAUUAUUAGAAUAAUAAAAACACACUCUCUAUUAUGGUGCAUAAGACCACCUGCAGCGCACAGUGAGCUUAGGCUCCAGUAACUGUACAGUAACAGCUGGAGUUGUAUGGCGAUGCUCCACUAUCACUGAUUAUGUAGGUUUUGUUCCCAUGAAUAUUUAUUUUGAGGUAUUGGAUUUUUGUGACAUUGUAUUAAAAAAAAAGAGGUUUUGAAUUAUGGUGAAAAAGGAUGAAUAUUUGUUUCAAUCUUUGUAACUGAAUUGUAUCUAAAGACUCACUUUAACCACGUAAACGUGCAAUACAUUCAUUUUUGAAUAUCUCAGUGAUCAAAGUCUGUUAUUUUGAUAGUCCUUGAAUGAAAUGUGCAUGAUGUGUUUUUUUGUUUUACGCUCACAAAUAGGUUUUUUUCCCCCCCCGACUUUGACAAUGGCAACACUAAAUACUUGAAUUUAUGAAUCAUUUGAUACCAAUAACUGACAUUUGUCUCUCAGUGGUGUUGGUUACAAGUACAAGUACCUAAACAUUUAUAUUUAAAAUAAUCUCAUUGUAAAUAGUGAAAUAAACAGAAGAAUAGACUCUGAACCGUCACUCCUGUCACUACUCUUUAACUGCAGGUAAAUCACAUUAUGUAUCAUUCGUCGAUUACGUCUUCCUUAUGCUUGUGAAUAGUAGCAAUUUGACAUUAAAACAUAGCAAUGGAAAAGUU